AUGGCCGCCCCUCGUUCAACCUCGUUGCGCGCUCUUCGCCUGCUCUCCCAGCAACAUAGAGCCUCUCCCUCCCUGCGCCGGGGUCUACAUAUCACUGGCGCCAACUCCGCACAGCCUGCCAGGGUUUCCGACAAGGUGACUUUAUGGUCUACUCGCAGCUUGGCAGAUCUCAAGAGCGAAUGCCAGAAGCGCUCCUUGGGGUCCACCGGUACUCAAGCCGAGCUUGUUGAGCGCCUCUCCAACCAUGAUUUUCUUCAAUCCCGUGCCUUUAGCAUUGCCAUGAGGAGAAUCAACAGCAAUGCGAAGACAGAGACCCCCAGCCGUCAAUUCAACACCUCCCGCUCCCAAAAAGCUGUGAAUGACUCAUCCACCGUCGAUUUUGUCUAUAUGCCCUCUAUUGUGGAGGCUAAUGCUUCAUCCGAAAUACCUGUCCCGAUCCUUCCCGAUAUCUACACCCACCAUAACCUAGUCCGUCCUUCCGGCUCUCCCAUGAAACCCCAGGUUUACACUGUGGCUGGCGAUGGGGCCAACGUCUCCGCCAGCCCCAUGACCGAAGUCGUCGAUAACCACUCGGUGGAUAUCGACCCAUUCUCUCUAACCGAGGCUGUUGGGAAAUCGAGACUUGGAGAAGAGCUGAAGAAGCAACAGAAGGGUGAACACGGUGGCGUUGUGCAAGAACUGUGGACUGGAUUUUUGGACGAUCUUUUAGGACCUAAACAGCAGAGUCUUCAGAAAUGA